AUGCCAAGUGAGUCUAGGAAUAUACUAUAGUUUGUAGUUUCCACGAGUUGGAUCCAAUCUAAAGUGGGAACUCGACCCAAUUUGAGUUUUGUAUGGGGGUCCAAAAUCUUGUAAAUUGACUAUGGAAUUAGAAAAUCAAAUAGCAGACAUUGACAUCGUUUGAUUGUUGGCUCGCUCUCAAAGCUAAAAGCUUCAUUCCCAACCAACACACUCAACCUUCCCCAGAUUGAACAAGACUUCUUCUUUGUAGGUAUUCUUUUAUUUCAUUUUGCUCAAUAACAAUCCAUUAUUCAUACUCAAAACAACUUGCUCUUUGUUAUUAUUUAAUUGAAUGUAAAUUUCUUGGUUUCUUAAUGCUCUGUGCCUGAAAUUUUGCAUCUUCUGAAUGCUAUGUACUUUGUAGUCUCUGCUUGAAAUCUUGCAUUGUGUGAAUUGUAUGUAAUCAUGGGAUGCCUCAAAAUUAGUAUAUUUCCUGUUAAUUUCAAUCGAAAGUGUAUAUCUUUUGUUCUGCAAUCAAAACCCAUAUGCUCAUUAUCAUCCCUAACACAAUUAUCUCCACCAAAUCAUCAACAAAUUGCCCAUCUAAUUCUAGAACAAAAAUCAGCUUCUGAAGCCCUCAAAACCUUCAGGUGGGCUUCUAAACUUUCCAAUUUCACCCAUAACCAAUCUACCUACAGGGCUUUGAUUCAUAAACUCUGUGUUUUUCAUCGCUUUGAAAUCAUCGACCAACUUCUUCAAGAAAUUCCCGGCUCUGUUGGUUCACCACCUGAUGAAGAUAUCUUUGUCACGCUUGUUCGAGGCUUGGGACGGGCUCGAAAGGUUCGACAAGUCAUCAGAGUGCUUGAUUUGGUGCAUUCCUUUGGCAUAGUCCCAUCCCUCAAGAUAUAUAAUUCUGUACUUGAUGUUUUGGUUAAGGUGGAUAUUGAUAUUGCUAGGGGAUUCUUUAGGAAGAAGAUGAUGGAGUGUGGUGUUCAAGGUGAUGAUUAUACUUUUGGGACAUUGAUGAAAGGAUUAUGCUUGACGAAUCGUAUAGGGGAUGGAUUUAAGCUCUUGCAGCUCAUCAAGACUCGGGGUUUUACCCCGAACACGGUUAUUUAUAACACAUUGCUUCACGCGUUAUGCAGGAAUGGCAAGGUUGGUAGAGCCAGGAGUUUGUUGAGUGAAAUGGUUCAACCAAAUGAUGUGACCUAUAAUCUUAUGAUAUCAGCCUACUGCAAAGAACAAAAUCUUGUUCAAGCACUAGUGCUUUUGGAGAAGAACCUUGCAUUAGGAUAUGUUCCGGAUGUUGUGACAACAACCAAGGUGAUGGAAUUGCUCUGUAACGUUGGUCGAGCAAACGAAGCAGCUGAGGUCUUGGAGAGGGUUGAAAGUAAUGGGGGCAUAGUUGAUGUUGUGGGGUAUAAUACUUUGAUUAAAGGAUUCUGUAGUCUAGGGAAGGCAAAAGUUGGGCUGCAUUUUAAGAAGCACAUGGAGAUUAAAGGUAUUCUCCCAAAUGUAGACACAUAUAAUGUGUUAAUAGCUGGCUUUUGUGAAAUUAAUUUGUUUGAUUUAGCCCUUGAUUUGUUUGAUGAGAUGAAAAUGGCUGCAAUAAGUUGUAAUUACGACACAUUUGACACCUUGAUUAGAGGGUUAUGUUCUAAGGGGCACCUAGAGGAUGGAUUUAAGGUUUUGGAGCUCAUGGAGGAGUCAAAAGGCGGAAGUGGGGGACGCAUUACUCCUUACAACAGUAUCAUAUAUGGUCUAUACCGUGAAAAUCGUUGGAAUGAAGCCCUUGACUUUCUAAACAAGAUGGAAAAAAUGUUUCCAAGGGCAAUUGACAGGACCUUGAGGAUUUUAGGCUUAUGUGAAGAGGGCAACUUAGAAAGUGCAAAAGUAGUCUACAAUCAGAUGAUUCAUGAAGGUGGAAUUCCAAAUGCUCUUGUUUACUCUACCUUAAUCCAGGGCUUCUGCGAACAUAAGCAUGUCCGGGAAGCAUUUCAGCUGAUGAAUGAGAUGGUUGAACAUGGCUGCUUUCCUGUUACAUCGACCUAUAAUGUUAUUAUUAAUGGAUUUUGCUGUCAGGGUAAAACUGCGAGUGCUUUAAAGCUUAUGGAGGAGAUGGAUGAGAGAGGCUGUUUGCUAGACGUAGGAACUUACAACCCUUUGAUUCUCACUCAUUGCUGUAACGGGGACAUGCAGAAAGCAUUAAAGAUUUUGCAUCAAAUGGUUGUCAAAGGUAUUAGACCUGAUAGUGGGACAUGGAAUGCAUUGUUGUAUCAUUGGCUAGACACCAAGAGUGUGUCCCAUAUAAAUAACAGAAUACAAAGGAUUUUAGAGACUUGAAUAUUGGUUGCUGGUGCUAAUUUUAAUGUUUUGGAUAUCAAAGCCUUCUCUCAAGUAAAAGGAGGUCAUAUCGAUUGGACCGAAAUAUAAUAUCAACAUUUUCAGGGAUCCAACAUGUUUCAACUUUGUGAGAAAAAGGAUGGAUCUGGAAGAACAAAAAAAAAGGUGCUUAAAGCAUAUCUCGAGGUGUUAAACUGUUAAUUGAAGGAAGAUCACAAACGAGCUUGAAGAAGCUGAAGAUCAAAUAGCUGGGUUGAAAUGAAAAGUAAUCAUUUUCAGACCUUCAUGACCCAAACGAAGAUGCAACAAGCUGAGCUUGAUUUCAAAUAAUGCAACAAUGUUCCAAAUUGAAUUGGAUAGCUUUUGGCAAUUGCUCCUUCAAAUUUCUUAUCAAUAGAGUCAAAAGUUGAGAACCUUGAGCGCGCGCUGGAGGCAGAUAAACUUCGAAGUGAAGCAAGGAUUUACAGUAGAGAAUCUUUCUCACAUCUUGCUAGGCUCCUGAGAAAGAACAAGAUGUUCAAGCCCCAAUAUCCAGGUUCUAUCACGAUGGACCCCCUCAUUAGCUUAAACUGAAGAAGGCAUCUUAUAGAACUUGUGUGGUUAUUCUCAAAUUGAAUGUUCUAAACAGCUGUUCGAGUAAGAAAUGGAGAUCCUUUGUAGAAUAAAAGACAGAAACACUAUCUCGUGGGAGUUCUUUUUUCUCCAAUGCGGGUUUCAGGGACCGCUGACCCAUCCAAAUGUACCCAGGCGUGGAAGACGAAAGAGCUGCAGUGAUGCUAUCUGCUUUACUCAAUAAGCCAAGAGACAAGAUCUUUAGGUUAGAGAAACAUAGUAUUGGCUAUCGAAAAACAUAAGUGCAAGCAAGUCUCAGAGGUUAAGUGUCUGACUCAGUCAUAUGUUCUUAGUUCUUACUUCUUUCUCCUUACAUGUAUGGGACUUGUGAAGCUAUGAGAUAAUCGAACAAGAACAUGAGUUGAUCAUAUGAUUCAUGAGUGGAGCAAUGUCAUUCUUUAUGACCGAAUGAAGGUGAACUGCGGAUGAAAAGUCAACUUUUUGGGAACAUAUAUUAAGGAUACGGAAAAAGUAGCGACAUGUGAGAGAUAAGUGGUCUCGAGAAUGUGAAAAAGUAGACAUACAAGAGGGGGAAAGUUACUACAACAUGUAUUGAUUAAUAGUAAACUUCUAAAAAAGGGAAAUAUAGCGAUUAUUAAAGAGCAGAAGAAGUAUCAUAAUAUAUUCCUAUGUAAUUAAUUAGGCGUUGUUUUACAAAACUUUGUCAUAUUGAACUGAUCAUUUAAUAUCAAAUUCAUUGGUUCUAAUC